CCCACUCACAACCUCGCUGUUAUGCCCUGCCGUACCUAUUUGGCAGUGGCAGGUGGCAGCUUCUUGCUACUGCUGGCCAUGUUUUGGUCCUUCCUAUUUGCUUCUAGAGACCCAAAAUUAUGUGAAAUGUCAUAUUCACGUCCAGUGCACAUCGAACAGCUUUCGUUCAAUGCGUCUUGGUCUCGGCUGGCUGAAAAGUACAGCCUUUACCUUUAUCGAGAGGGAGGCAUCGAUAUGAGCGACCAUGUUUAUAGAGAUAGCCAGCCGGUGUUGUUUAUUCCUGGUCACGCUGGAAGCUACAAACAGGCUCGAUCUAUUGCUUCCGAAACCACUGUUCAAUUCCACCAACUCCUCCAACAACACGGUCGACAACAUCAACAAGCCAAACUCGAUUUUUUUACAUUGAACUAUAAUGAGGAGUUAUCAGCCAUUCAUGGGCCAACGUUACUAUCGCAAGCCGAGUUCGCAAAUGACGCGAUUCGAUAUAUCUUGUCGCUUUAUCAUCCCUCUACAUCCAUCAUCAUUGUCGGGCACUCCAUGGGUGGUGUCAUAGCACGCAUACUUCCCACUAUACCCAAUUAUAAUCACAACAAACUCAAUACUAUUAUCACACUCUCCACUCCGCAUUCGGUCCCGCCCGCUCCAGUAGAUAGGACCAUAGCCAACGUGUAUCGAAACAUCAAUGCGUUUUGGAAAAACGAACUGGUUGAUGGUGCUUUGAAGGAAGUCGCCCUUAUUUCGUUGGCGGGUGGAAAUUUGGAUAAUAUCGUCGCUUCAGAUGCAACCAGUCUUCAUGGCCUUGUUCCGUCAUCUCAUGGAUUUUCUGUCUACACCACUGGUCUACCUCAUGUUUGGACAGGAGCAGAUCAUAUGGCAAUCCUAUGGUGUAAUCAACUCGUAAAGCGACUUUCAACUGCCAUCAUCAAAUUGGUCGAUGAGAAACGACCAUCGCAAAUUAAACCACUGCAUACUAGAGUCAAUAUACUCAGAAAAUUGUUGCUUUCUCGACUGGACAACAACGAUGAGACGUAUUAUUUAGGCACUACUACUGCCAAGGUAUUGGACACUCUAGACACAGCAGUCAUCGACGCACCUCGAAUAAGGGUACCAUUCCAAAGUGAUGUGCCGGCGAAAAAUCAAUAUGUCUUCAAAGCGCAAGCAGUACCUUCCGCCGAUUUCCACAUCAUCACUACUGCUCAACCAAAUAGCCAAUUAAGAGUCAACAUAUGCAAGCAGCAAGAUACCGCUGGUCAUCUAUUAUGUAACAGUGUGAUUGGUAAUGCAGAGUCCCUACCACAACCAGAAAACUCUAGCAUUCCAUCUUUGGUAGCGUUGAGAAUUCCAAGCCGGCAUCUGUGGAGUAAAGACCUUAUUGUCGUGGACCUACCCAGUCAGCUAAACAAUGGAUACUUCAAGGGUGAAUUCCAGCCACAACAUGAUCAAUUACUGGUUUUAAAUCACACAUAUCUUAGCUUGUUAUAUCGGUCUGCCACAUUUGAGUUUCCCAAGCUGGAAGGGAGCGUGGUCCACUUUCCAAACAUACACAAUCCAUUAUUUCGGUACAAGCUAACCAUCACCUCAACGCAGUCCGAGAGCAGCAAGAACACGGCACCUAUUAUAAGGAUGAGCACCAACCAACUGUACGAAAGCAAAUUUUUCACCGGCGCGAGUCGGGAUAUUGAUAUCGCAUUCCAUGGAGAAAGUUCAUUUGCCGUAGGCCAGCAGUUGCCUCAUGUUGAAGGUGGACUCAAACUACACAUUUUCAAUCAACCUCAUCGUGCCUUGCAAGCUACACUCAAAGUCGAUGUAUUUUCCAGUCUGGGGAGAAUCCUACUACAGCACGGCAUAGCGUUGUCAGUGUUGCCAUUCGCAUUUGCUACCAUGGUCCUAUGCUAUCAGCUUGCCACAUUUAACGCCACUCGCAGUCUACCAAAGUGGACAGUGAUUGCGCAACAACUCUACGUAAGGUUCAUCCUACUUGGAUGGUGCAUAUUAACGACUUUGGCUGUUUUCAGUGGUCAAAUUGCUCGCAUAGCAACGACACUAGGCAUAGACAACGGGUUAUACGGAUUAGGCGUCAACGGAUCCGAUGCUGUGGUGCCGGCCAUCAUCGUGAUUUUAUCGAGUGUUGGCUUGAUUUCAUUCGUUGUGCUGGUACUUGAUAUGCUUGUUUGGAUAAUCAAUCGAACUUUAAUUUUCAUGCAGGGACAACGUGGUGUGCAGUCCACUAUGCCACACGCCGAUCCCAUGAAAUCCUCGGCUCUUUGGGUCACGGUCGUCUUGCUUCUGAGCGGAUUCAUUCCACCUCCUGCUUUGUUCACUGCGGUAUUUCUGGCUCAGGUGUUCCUAUGUUCCCGAGCACUGACGGCAUCGACGGUUACGGUAAAUGCUCUAUUUUUAUUUUUUUAUUUCUCAGUCUGUUUUUUUUUCCAAAAUUCGAAAAUAGUGAAAAUCCAACUGAGAAUGGAAACGUUCAUGAAUGAGGUCACACCCCCUUUAACGAUAUUUUCCGUUCCGUAUCAUGAAUCUAAGCAGGGCUCAAAUCAAUAUCGAUGCAGCUUCUCGGUCCUUGUGAUCCUGUGUUGCCUUCUACCUUAUAACGGACCAGCAACGCUGGUGUGGAUACAAAACCUCAUGGCUGGGUGGUAUGAAAUACCACAUCUUAUGGGGUCUCUGGAAGGGCGGUUACAGUUAGUGGUUCUAGUGGCGUUCUUAACGCAUUUAAGGACCGAUAGCCUGUUGGUGCCCAUAACGGCCUUUGCCAUUGGAGGUCCAUUGGCCGUGGGGUUGAUGACAUACUGCUUUUCCUUAGGCAUCCAUUUUGCUUACUCCUUGCAGUGGGUAGCGUGUUGUAUAUGGCUAUUAUGGACCAUACCGACCAAGACCAAACAAGACUAGGAUGUGAUAUACGGAGACCCAAAAUCGGUAUUGGCCCAAUGAUUUUAGAUCCAUAGGAAACAGUCUGAGAUUCCCAUAGGGUCCCAAAAAUUUCCAGUCAAUAAAAUAUUGCAUGCUUUCAAUGAGAUGGA